GUGACGCAAUCCAAGCGACCAACGUUCCUGAAUCGAACUCGCCAUUGCUCAUCAUGAGCUCAAUCGGUGGUGUUCGGCUUUUCUGACAUCUAGAGAAGUUUAGCCUGACAAAAUGUUGCGACUACCGGUUGUGCGGGCGACGGGCCUGGCGAGUGGAAGGUUUUGCGCUGUCAGUUUUCACACAACAUCCAGUAAGUCACAGCAGCAGGAAUUGAUCGAGCUCUUCAUCGAUGAUAAGCCUGUACAGGUGCCUCCGGGAACAACAGUCUUACAGGCUGCCGCCAAGGUAGGAGUUGAGAUACCAAGAUUCUGUUAUCAUGAACGGCUAGCUGUUGCUGGAAAUUGCAGGAUGUGUCUCGUUGAAAUAGAAAAAGCAGUCAAGCCAGUUGCUGCGUGUGCUAUGCCAGUAAUGAAAGGUUGGAAAGUGAAAACCAACUCUGAAAUGACAAGAAAGGCUCGUGAGGGUGUUAUGGAAUUUUUAUUGGUUAAUCAUCCACUGGACUGUCCAAUCUGUGACCAAGGUGGAGAAUGUGACUUGCAAGAUCAAAGCAUGGCUUUCGGGAGUGACAGGAGUAGGUUCGUUGAUAUCAACUACUCCGGGAAAAGAGCGGUGGAGGACAAAGAUCUUGGACCCUUGGUCAAAACAGUUAUGACACGUUGCAUACAUUGCACGAGGUGUAUUAGAUUUGCCUCGGAAGUAGCUGGUAUCGAUGACUUGGGAACCACAGGUCGUGGUAAUGAUAUGCAGGUUGGGACGUAUAUUGAGAAAAUGUUCCUAUCAGAGUUAUCGGGAAAUAUCAUUGAUCUCUGUCCAGUGGGUGCAUUGACCAGUAAACCAUACGCAUUUGUCGCUCGUCCGUGGGAGACACGUCGUACUGACAGUAUCGAUGUUCACGAUGCCGUCGGUAGUAACAUAGUUAUCUCUCAUAGAACUGGUGAAGUUCUAAGAAUACUACCGAGAGUGAACGAGGAAGUGAAUGAAGAAUGGCUCUCGGACAAGGCUCGGUUCUCAUACGACGGGCUCAAGAGGCAACGGCUCAUCACGCCAAUGAUGAAGAUCAAAGGAAAAUUGGAAGCUGUAGAUUGGGAAGAUGCACUUAUCGCCGCCGCCAAGCCUUUAGUGGACAUACCAGCGGACAAAUGCGCCGCGAUCGCUGGCAAAUUGGCAGACGCGGAAGCUCUGGUCGCCAUGAAAGACUUAGUGAACAAAUUGGGCAGCGAGGGGCUGGCUACGGAACAGUGCUUCCCGAAGGAUGGCUCGGGUAUUGAUCUCAGGAGCAGCUAUCUCUUGAACAACACCAUCGCCGCGCUCGAAGAUGCAGACGUAGUGAUAUUGAUCGGUACAAAUCCAAGAUACGAGGCACCAUUGGUCAACACGCGUCUCAGAAAAGGCUACUUACACGGUGAACAAACGAUUGCCCUCAUUGGCCCGGACGUAGAUCUAACGUACGAUCAUGAGCACUUGGGAGAAUCUUUCGACGUGAUAACGAAACUGCGAAACGGCUCGCAUCCGUUCUGCGCGACUUUGAAAGAGGCUAAGAAACCGCUAGUUAUCUUAGGUGCUGAACAGUUAUCUCGAAAGGACGGAGCGAAGAUCCUCUACGAAACGCAAGAAUUGGCGAAGGCUUUAGGAGAUAACUCAAAAGCUCCCCAGGACUGGAAGACCUUAAACAUCCUGCAUACAAACGCCUCUCAGGUUGCUGCGUUAGACAUCGGCUAUGGCUCGACCGUGGAAGAGAUCAAAAAACAACAACCAAAAGUUCUGUUUCUCCUGGGUGCUGACGAUGCUGAUAUCAAGGAAGAAGAUUUCCCGAAUACGUUCAUCAUUUACAUAGGAAGUCACGGCGAUGCUGGAGCAACUAUUGCCGAUGUUGUGCUCGCUGGAGCGGCGUACACCGAAAAAGUCGCGAGUUUCGUUAACACGGAGGGUCGUUCUCAAGAAACAUGCGCGGCACUCACACCACCUGGCUUAGCACGUCCGGAUUGGAAAAUCAUUCGUGCUCUUUCUGAGAUAGCCGGCGUCACUUUACCCUAUGACAACUUGAACGACGUGAGAUCAAGGCUUGAGGAAAUUGCACCCCACUUGGUUCGGUAUGGCAACGUUGAACCAGCUAAUUUCUUCACGCAGGCUUUAGAGAUAGCUAAGCAACAAGCUGGAGAAUCAUUUCUGUCAGACCCUGUGGAUAUUAAACACAAAACGUUGGAUCAGUUCUUCAUGACCGACGUAGUGUCACGAGCGUCUCUAACCAUGGCGAAGUGCGUUCAAGCAGUCAUGAAACAACGACAAAGUACAGCAUAAAUCAUGCAAUACCGGACAAAAUUCUCACCCGCUAGUUAUUCGAUAAAAAACCGGCAAGAUAUUAUGACAUUCUGCAGUCGGUUAUAAAGCAAAUUACAGGACCAUCAAGAAGGAUUAAGAUGUAUUUGUAAAGGUCUGUAUAUUAAACAGUACUGAAAAUGGGA